AUGCGCGCCUUUGUCAGCCGUUAUCGUUCAGGCAUUCUUGACAUCCUGUCUCAGGGCCCUUGUCAGAGCCAGAUGAGCGUGGUUCCUGGCGGCAAGAGCUCCGUAACGCUGCUUGGUGGCCCGGCCGCGCCGGCGCAGAGGGUGAUGCCAGACGUGGGCUCGGAGAGCGCCAGCAUCGGCGGCGUGCUCGACCGGGUCGGCAUGUCGGGCAUAGAGGUUCCUAUCCGCGCGCCCGGGCAGAGCGGUGGUGCCGCGAUCUUUGGGCGCGCCGACGCCUACGUGGACCUAGUCGACCCCGACGCCAAGGGCAUCCACAUGUCGCGGCUGUACAGGCAGCUGAUGGCGGAGCUGCAGGCUACCGAGCUGAGCAUGGCGCUCCUCCAGAAGCUGCUGCGGGGCUUCGUCGAGUCCCAUGUGGGCAUCUCGCGUCUGGCGCAGGUCCGCCUGGCCUUCGAACUGCCCAUCGAGCGCCCCAGCCUCCGGAGCGGCAACUUCGGCUGGCGCGCCUACCCCGUGGAGGUGGACGCCGUCUUGGAUGACGGAGGCCUGCGGGUCUGGCUGACGGUGUCGGUGACGUACUCCAGCACCUGCCCCUGCUCCGCGGCGCUCGCGAGGCAGCUGAUCCAGGAGCGCUUCCUGGCAGAUUUCGCGGGCCGCGGCGGCGUGUCCACGGACGAGGUGGCGGCGUGGCUGCUGAGGCCGGAGAGCAUCUGCGCCACGCCGCACUCCCAGCGCAGCGUGGCCAGGAUCAGACUGGAGCUGGACCCGUCUGCGGAGUGCCUCUCCCCGGCCGCCUUCAUCGACCAGGCCGAGGGCGCCCUGCGGACCCCGGUGCAGGCGCACGUGAGGCGCGAGGACGAGCAGGAGUUUGCCCUCCUGAACGGGCAGAACAACAUGUUCUGCGAGGACUCUGGCAGGCGCCUGAAGCAGGCCUUCGAGGGCGCCAGCGGGGUGUUGGACUUCAGCAUCGAGGUCCGCCACCUGGAGAGCCUUCAUCCACACGACGCAGUCAGUUUUGCCUCCAAGGACCUGCGAUCUGGGAGAUUGACCUUGAGCCGGCUCUGAGCUCUCCGGCGCGCCUGGAUGCUGGGUGCCCGUCGGGGAUGAGGCUGGCUUCCACGCGCCUGCACGGCGCCCACGGGGUGGUAGCGCGAGGGGGAUGGGCUUCCAAGAAGGCUGCGAGACACCU